UGUGAGUACAGUAUGAGUAAACGAACCCAUCAUCUAUGUCUCUUUCAAUUAUCGUCCAAAUGCCUUUGGCUUCCUCGGCGCCCCUGAACUGGCAGGCGAGUCUACGACCGGAACACUCAAUGCUGGUUUACACAAUAUGAUCAGUGCAUUUAAAUGGGUGCAGGAAAACAUUGGCACUUUCGGAGGCAACAAGAAUCGAGUGAUAGUGUUUGGUGAAUCGGCAGGUGCAAUUGCAAUUGGGACUCUCCUCGUUGCUGGAGGACAUUAUGUGAAACCUCACAACUUAUUUCAUGGUGCCAUCAUGGAGAGUGGGGCUCCAGCAGGGUAAAUUUGAAGCAUCCAUACUUUGCUUUCUUUCUUCCCGAUUUCCGAGUCCCUUGUCUAAUUAUCAUUCCAUUUCUAUCGCUAGUCUCCCCGUUCCCACUGUAUCUGAUCUCGUGCCCUGGACAAAUAUCUUCACUACCACACCAGGCUGUCUUCCCUCCGAUCCCUCGAUCGUAUCAUGCCUUCGAAACCGGUUGAGGUGCUUUACCAAGCUUCGCUCGUAACGUUAAAUGCGACGAUGGACUUCGUACUUGUUUACAAUCGAGUGGUGGACGGAUUCUUUUUCCAGGAAGGGAAACAUGUGGUGGAAGAGGUCAGAAAGGGGAAUGUAGCAGAUAUGCCUAUCAUCAUGGGGUGCAAUCUCGACGAAGGAACAUUAUUCGUACCUCACGUUUAACACUGCGCACGAAAUAGUGUAUUCUUCUCAGAGGUUCGUGCAUAUGUGUUCCUUGACCAUUUCUCUCCACAGUGGGAGAAAACACCAAAUUGAAACGUCUCAUCCUCCAUAGUCUGCAUAUGGCCUACUUACACAUUCGUUUCCGACUUUUUGCUUUUGUGCUUGUUCCGUCGUGGGGCCGCAGUAG